GAAGCCGUGGAGGAGCUGAAACAAGCACUCAUGUCCGCCCCAGUACUCAUCCUGCCAGAUCCCGAACGCGCCUACGUCAUCGAAGCUGACGCCAGCGACCAGGCAGUGGGAGCAGUCUUGAUGCAAGACCAAGGGAAUGGACUGCAACCAAUCGCGUACCUCAGUAAGAAACUGCGCAGGGAAGAACUAAACUACCCGAUACACAACAAAGAGGCCUCGGCUAUUGUCAUCGCCUUCAAAGCGUGGAGAUGUUAUCUCGAAGGACGAAGAACAACCGUCUACACCGACCAGUGCAGCCUGAAAUAUUUGAAGACACAACCGAAUCUCUCCAGUCGGCAGGUCCGGUGGAUCGACUUCCUCGAGACACACUUCCACUAUGACUUCAUGUACAAGCCCGGCCAUAAAAACAAAGCAGAUGCGCUUAGCCGACCUGCACACGUUGCCGCUAUCCAAUGGCACCACUUGGCAGACGAUGUUCAGAAAUUCGUCACCUCGUGUGAUACAUGUCAACGGAUGAAGAGCAGCAAGCAGAAGAAGGCGGGACUGCUACAGCCUCUUCCUGUCCCAGAACAACCAUGGCUAGUGGUUAGCGUGGAUUUCAUCACCGGGUUACCACCUACCACCAGUGGUCAUGACGCAAUCCUUGUCGUCAUCGACAAAUUCUCCAAAAUGGGACACUUCAUCCCGACACACACGAUAGCACGCAUCGAGGAGACAGCACAACUCUUCGUACGCUACAUUAUCUCACAACAUGGCAUUCCAACCACUCUCAUCUCCGACCGAGACCCCAAGUUCACCAGCAAGUUCUGGAAGGAACUAAUGUCUCUGCUCGGGACCAAACUUGCCAUGUCAUCCGCCUACCAUCCGCAGACAGACGGACAGACCGAGCGUCUCAACCAGAUUGUUGAGCAACUCCUCCGAGCAGCCUGCAAGGACGAGAUCUCCAAAUGGGACUUGCACCUGCCCGUUCUUGAGUUUGCUUACAACAACGCUACGCAUGCCGCUACUGAACUGACACCGUUCUUCCUCUGCUACGGACGCCACCCACUUACACCACAGAAAGCGACAACAUCAGCGAUAAUUUACAACGCCUUCCAUGUCCAACUUCUGAAGCCCUAUCGGGAUCCGAACACGAUCUUCGUCGGAUGCCAACCGUCGCCGCCGCCACCCGUCCUCAUCCAGAAUGAACCCGAGUACGAGGUCGAGUCCGUGCUUGCACACCGCCGUCGUCAGAAUGGCACCGUGGAGCUUCUUAUUCGUUGGAAGGGUUAUGAUCCGUCCGAGGACAGGUGGAUACCUGAGACCAACAUGGGGUGAUUCUAUCUUCUAAAAGGGUCUAUUCCC